UGAAUCCUGGCACUGGCACAGUGCUGUGACCCCAGGAUGUUUCUCCUCCUUCCUUUUCCCCUGCAAAACGAGCAGCGGAGGCUGGUGAGGGAGGCCGGGGAAAACAGAGCUGUUGAGCCACGCACAGGACCUCAGAUCCUCCACAACUUCUUCCCAGGAAAUGCCUGCCUUACCAAAAAAGCCCGUUUUUGUCCCAGACCAAAGAGACCCCAAGAGCAGCAGCCAGACACCCUGUGGGGAUGGGGAUCUCUCGGGGGUCCAUCCCGGCCAGCACAGGGGGCUCGUUUCGGCUGGAUCAGCCCUGCCUUCCUGGAAGGUGGCCUUUGAAACCGCCAGCAUUUCCUUGAAGUUUUCUCAGGGGAAAGUCCCGUGUCGCCGUGCCUGUCGCACCUCCCGCUGCCUCCAUAAAACGCCGGGCGGGCGCGGGCGGGCGGCAGAGCGGGGACAUCGCACCAUGGGCAACUGGCUGGUCAACCACUGGUUCUCAGCCGCCGUGCUCGCAGCCUGGCUGGGCAUCAACAUCUUCCUCUUCACCUACUACUUUCUGUUCUUUGACCGGGACGAGCGGUAUUUCUACACCAGGGCCAUCCUUGGGUCUGCCCUGGCAUGGGCUCGAGCAUCAGCCAAGUGCCUCAACUUCAACAGCAUGCUGAUCCUGCUGCCUGUGUGCCGCAACCUGCUCUCCUUCCUGCGUGGGACCUGCUCGUGCUGCAGGCGGACGCUGCGGAAGCAGCUGGACCACAACCUCACCUUCCACAAGCUGGUGGCCUACGCGCUGGCCCUGCUGACAGCCGUGCACACCAUCGCCCACCUCUUCAACCUGGAGCGCUACAACCAGAGCCAACAAGCCACCGACGGCGGCCUCCCCGCUGUGCUCUCCAAGAUGCACCUGCAGGGCAGCCAGUGGCUGAACCCCAUCCACUCCAACCAGACGACCGUCGAGUACGUGGCUUUCACCACCAUCCCGGGGCUGACGGGGGUGAUCAUCACGCUGGCACUCAUCCUCAUGGUCACCUCCUCCACCGAGUUCAUCCGCAGGAACUACUUUGAGCUCUUCUGGUACACACACCACCUGUUCCUCGUCUACUUCGCUGGCCUCGUCAUCCACGGCAUCGCCGGGCUGGUGCGUGGGCAGACAGAGCAGAGCAUGGCAGAGGUGCACCCCUACCACUGUGCCGAGUACCUCACAAAGAGGGACCAGAACUGCACCCACAGCUGCUGCAAAGACCCCGAGUUCGGGAGCAUCCCUGCCGAGUCCUGGAAGUGGGUGCUUGCCCCCAUCAUCCUCUAUGUGUUUGAGCGGAUCCUGCGGGUCUGGCGUGCGCAGCAGAAGGUGGUUGUCAAAAAGGUGGUGAUGCACCCUGCCCGCGUGCUGGAGCUGCAGAUGGAGAAGAAGGGUUUCUGCAUGGAGGUGGGGCAGUACAUCUUUGUCAACUGCCCUGCCAUCUCCCCGCUGGAGUGGCACCCCUUCACCCUCACCUCUGCACCCGAGGAGGAUUUCUUCUCCAUCCACAUCCGGGCAGCUGGUGACUGGACAGAGCGGCUCAUUGACACCUUCCAAUCACAAACACCCAGGAUCGAGGUGGAUGGUCCCUUUGGCACGGCCAGUGAGGAUGUGUUCCAGUACGAGGUGGCCAUGCUGGUUGGAGCGGGCAUUGGCGUCACCCCCUUCGCCUCCAUCCUCAAAUCCAUCUGGUACAAGUUCCAGCAGGCUGACCAGACCCUCAAGACCAAGAAGAUCUAUUUCUACUGGAUCUGCAGGGACACAGGAGCCUUUGCCUGGUUCAACGACCUGCUUGCCUCACUGGAGCAGAAGAUGGCUGAGUCGCGCAAGGCAAAUUUCCUCACCUACCGUCUCUUCCUCACUGGCUGGAACAACAGCAUUGCCAACAACGUGGCACUGCACUUUGACACCGCUACGGACACAGUGACAGGCCUCAGGCACAAAACAUUCUUCGGGCGGCCCAGGUGGAACACGGAGUUUGCAGUGGUGGCUGCAGCCCACCCCAGGUCGGUGGUCGGUGUGUUCCUCUGUGGGCCAGAGGCCCUGGCAAAGACCCUGAAGAAGUCCUGUCACCAACACUCCAGCCUGGACCCCAGGAAGGUCAAAUUCUACUUCAACAAGGAAAACUUUUAAGUGGCAGCAAGGCUGGCACCCCAGCAGGCAGGGAUCUGUCUGUAUUGCCUGCAGCCUGUUCCAAAGCAGAGCCAGGGAUAAGCAUUUGUGCAUGCACUGAAGCCAGGCAAGACUCCAUGAGACAGCAAGGUCUCCAUGAGAUUUCCAGGUUCAAAGACUGCUGCCUGCCUGUCCUGGUCCUCAUGGAGUAAGUGGGCCUGUAGCCCCUAACUGGGAAAUCAGAGACACGUUCUGUGACGCUGCUGGAGCAGCAGGAAGCACUGGGAGCCCAGCAGGUUGGGCAGAACCACGGGAUGGGGAUGGGACAUGGGCACCCACACAGGUAUCAGGGGCCCAACGUGCCCCUCAGGGUUAAAUAGUCUUUUAUAUAAGAAUAAAUUAAACUUCCUUUUCUUUGUAA